AUGAGUCAAACUUUGAAAAAGUUGAAAGAGAUCCCAGUGGUAAAUAAAAUCAUGAGUGAUUUGGACAGAACUCUUGGUUUAAAAGAUAAGGUUUUAGCUGAAUUUGUUUUAGAUGUUGCAAAAUAGAGUCAGAAUGUGACAGCAUUUGAGUCGAAGCUAUAGGAAUACGAAGCAGAAUUUCCUAUAGAACUGACUAAUCAAAUUUAUGCUUCAGUAACUAAAAUGCUACCCGAAUAUUUUAGAAACUCAACUAUGAUAGUUGGCUAAAAUGGUUAAUCAGUAGACUUCGAAAUAGACUAAUUUGGAAAUAGAAAAAUGCUCUCUGAAGAACCGGAAAAUCCUCUUUUCUCUACAAAUACAAAUUAUGGUAAACCAGAGACAGAGGAAGAUAAAUUUGACAAAUCAGAAGCAUUCGAUAAGGAUUUCUUGACUAAAAAGUAUCCAAGUCUGGCGAUUCCAAAUAAAGUGAAAAAUACAGAAGAAAUUGAUAUACUUGGUGAAUUAGAUCUUGAUACAGAUUUAAAUGAGGAGCAUAAAGUUUCAAAUGCUAAGGAAAAAGCUAAGUCCUCGAGAAGAAAAGAUUCAAGAUCAUUAUCAAAAGAUCGUAGAGGAGAUAGCAGAUAAAGAAACCAUAGAAAUAAUGAACGUGACAAAGAUAGAAGAAGGAGAGAUUCAAGGUCUAGAUCAAGAUCGGAAAGAAGAAGAUCUAGAUCUGGAGGUAGAUAAUAGGAUAGGAGGAGAAGAAAAGAUUCAAGAUCUCAUUCUAAAGAUAGAAAUAGAGGAAGAAGUGGAUCAAAAGAUAGAAAGCAUAGAAAUGAUUUCUCUAGAGAUAGAAAAAGUAGAUCAUCUAUGGAGAGAAGAACCCCAAGACAAAGAGAAUUGCCUUUCAAAUUGGGCGACAUUUUCAAAGGGGUUGUUAAAAAAGCUUAGGAUUUUGGAUUUUUCGUUCAAAUAGUAGAUGAAAAAUCUGGCUAUAGGAAAGAGGGAUUAGUACAUGUUAGCCAAAUAAGAUAAGGUAUCAGGCUAGAAAAAGCAACAGACUCAGGCUAUGAGGAGAAUGAUGAUGUUUAUGUAAAGCUAACUUAGAUAAGAGAUGAUGGUAAACUUAGUUUCUCAAUGAAAGAAUGUGAUCAAUAUUCUGGAAUGGAUCUUAAUCCUGAAAAGACAAGACAACUCAAAGUUGAAUAAUUGAAUAAGAAUAAUCCCUAAAAAGAUAAUGAGGAAGAGUAUGAAGUCACUGGUGCAAUUGAUCACAAAGGAGAAACUAUCAAGACAAGAAGAGCUAUUCAAAAUCCUUCAAAACCUAUAGAAUUCUAAUAAGAUUCAUAAGGUAUGUUUGGUGGGAUUACAGGCAUAUUACUGGAUACAACUGAAUCAACAAAAGGUAAAAGUGGGAAAAAUAGAAUUGCUUCCCCAGACCUUUGGGAAUUAACUAGACUAUAAGGUGCUAAUGUGCUAAAUUUAGUGCAAGAUCCUAAUCUUUAGAGACUUUAAAAUGCAGUCGACAAUGAAUUAGAUGAAGAAAUCGCAGAUGUUGAAUUAAAUGACAAAGAAGCGCCAUUUUUAAAAGGAUAAACUACGAAGGCAGGACUAUGUCUUUCUCCUAUUAAAAUUUCUAAAAAUCCUGAUGGAUCAUUGCAAAGGGCUGCAAUGAAAUCAAGUCAACUUGCCAGAGACAGAAAAGAUGUUAGGGACUAAUAAUAAAGAGCAAUAUCUGAGGCUUUACCGAAGGACUUGAACAAAAUAAGAGAUGAUCCUACUGCUAAUCCAGCUGUGAGAAAUCUUGCUUCUACUUUGAGGAAUAUCACCCAUAAUUAAUUUGAUUUACCUGAAUGGAAGAAAGAUAGCAAUACAAGACCUUCAUAGAGUUUGACUGGAAGGACUCACAUGUCAAUAAGAGAAUAAAGAGAGUAACUUCCAAUUUUUAUGUUGAGAACAGAAUUAAUCAGAGCAAUAUUUGACAAUAGAAUACUUGUAGUUAUUGGAGAAACUGGGUCAGGGAAAACAACUCAAAUGCCAUAGUAUUUAGUUGAAAUGGGAUUAUGCUCAAAAGGAAAGAAGGUUGGAUGCACUCAGCCAAGAAGAGUAGCUGCAAUGUCUGUGGCAAAAAGAGUUGCUGAAGAAAUGGGUGUUAGAUUAGGUUAAGAGGUGGGAUAUUCAAUCAGAUUUGAAGAUUAUACUUCUCCGAAAACUGUAGUUAAGUAUAUGACUGAUGGCAUGCUUCUUAGAGAGUGUUUGAUUGAUCCAAAGUUAUCAACAUAUUCUGUAAUAAUGCUAGACGAAGCUCACGAAAGAACUAUUCAUACUGAUGUGCUAUUUGGAUUACUAAAGUAAGCUAUGGAAGUUAGAGAUGACUUAAAGUUAAUUGUAACAUCAGCCACUUUAGAUGCAGAAAAAUUUAGCGCUUAUUUCCAUGAUUGUCCAAUAUUCAGAAUACCAGGAAGAAUAUUCCCUGUAGAGAUAUUAUUCAGCAAAGACCCAGAGGCUGACUAUUUGGAGGCUGCUCUCAUUACUGUACAGUAAAUACAUUUAUAAGAGCCAAGAGGAGAUAUUUUACUUUUCCUCACAGGACAAGAGGAAAUUGAUACAGCUUGCUAAAUUUUACAUGAAAGAAUGAAAGCUUUAGGAGAGGAAGCUCCAGAACUUAUGAUUUUGCCAGUUUAUUCUGCUUUACCCUCCGAUAUGUAAUCAAAAAUAUUUGAUCCAGCUCCAGAUGGCUCUAGGAAAUGUGUUAUUGCUACAAAUAUCGCUGAAGCCUCACUUACUAUUGAUGGAAUAUUUUAUGUUGUAGACCCAGGAUUUGCUAAAUUAAAAGUUUACAAUCCUAAACUUGGAAUGGAUACCUUGGUUGUUAGUCCCAUUUCCUAAGCCUCUGCAAGAUAGAGAGCAGGAAGAGCAGGUCGUACAGGUCCUGGUAAAUGUUUCAGACUUUACACAGAGGAAGCCUAUAAAAAUGAAAUGCUUCCAACUUCAAUUCCUGAAAUUUAAAGAACUAACCUUGCAAAUACAGUGCUACUUUUAAAAGCUAUGGGCAUUAAUGAUCUAAUCAAUUUCGAUUUCAUGGAUCCUCCUCCAAUUCAAUCAUUGAUUGCAGCUAUGGAAAGUUUAUAUACACUUGGAGCACUUGAUGAUGAAGGCUUGUUGACUAAACUUGGUAGACUCAUGGCUGAAUUCCCAUUAGAACCAUAGCUUUCCAAGAUGACUUUAACCUCUGUUGAUCUUGGUUGCUCUGAUGAAAUUAUAACUAUAGUUGCAAUGCUAUCAGUUUAAAAUGUGUUUUAUAGACCUAGAGAGAAACAAUAAAUAGCAGAUUAAAAAAGAGCGAAAUUCUAUCACCCUGAUGGAGAUCAUUUAACAUUACUUACUGUAUAUGAAGCUUGGAAAGCAUAAGGAUCAGCAAAUGCUUGGUGCUUUGAAAAUUUUAUUCAAGCAAGAGCGCUUAAGAGAGCCUCAGAUGUGAGAAAGCAGCUUAUAACAAUUAUGGAUAGAUUCAAACUCCCUGUAAGCACAUGUGGAACAUACACAAAUAAAGAUUAUUCAAAGAUUAGAAAAUCUAUUUGCGCUGGAUUUUUUGUUCAUGCUUCAAGAAAAGAUCCCCAAGAAGGCUAUAGAACAUUGACGGAUAACUAACAAGUUUACAUUCAUCCAAGUUCAUCACUAUUCAAUAAGAAUCCUGAAUGGGUAGUUUAUCAUGAGCUUGUGUUAACAACUAAAGAGUAUAUGAGAGAGGUCUGCACAAUUGAUCCCAAAUGGUUGCUAGAGGUUGCUCCAAAAUUCUUUAAGAGCUGCAACCCUAAUGAACUUAGUAAGAGAAAGAAAAAUGAAAAAAUUCAACCAUUAUUUAACAGGUAUGAAGAUCCUGAGGCCUGGAGACUCUCCAGAAGAAAAGGAUGA